AUGCAGGCAGGGCGGCGGGGCAAGAGCCUCUUGCGGGGGCUGCGGCUGGGCUGCGGGCUCCUGGGCGCGCUCUGCGCGUGCCCCGCGGCCGCGCGGGAGGCGGCCGCCGCGGGCGCGGCCCCCGCGGUCGUGAGGGCCAUGCGCGCCCAGGCGAGGGACGCGGAGGUGCAGCGCGAGGGCUUCGGCGCGCUGCUGGCCCUCGCGAACGGCAGCCCGGCGGGGCUCGACCUCGGCGAGGGCGCGGCGGAGGCCUGCCGGGAGGCGGCGGCGCUGUGGCCGGCGCUGCUGGGCGAGGUUGGCGAGGACGCGGCGGCCGGUAGAUGCCUGGAGUUUCGAUCGGGCGCCGCGUUCAUCGAG